UUUGAGUUUGGUUCUGACUAUCGCACACACGGUUCAUAUAGGUACAUUCCUACACAUCAAUACAAACGCGAAAUUUUUUGAAGUUUGAUUUGUUUAAAGUGAUUAAAGCUGGCUUAUAUUAUAUUUCUCAGUGUCAAAUCAAGCCUUUUUGGAUGGUCACCAAGGGCAUUUCCAAGUCAAAAUACAUUUUCUUUGACAGUUUGCAACUCGUUGGGAGGAGUCCAACCAACUAAAAGAGCCUUCUUAAAAUUCAUCCAAUAUGGUCUCCCCAAGCUUGGAAAAGGAUGAUUUUUCAGUCAACAUUGAGAAAAACCUUUCCAUUGAAAGACUACAAAGUCAGGAAAAUCAACUCACAGUUUCCACUAUACUCAGUUUAAAUCCUGACUGUAAAGAUAUCCUUUCUAAUGGAGUUGGUAAAGUUGAAUCUCUGUAUAACAAUAAAUCCAUUGAAUCUAUACCAUCGGAUAGCGAAAGCAUUCACUAUCAAAAAACCUACGAAAGCGAAAAAUGGUAUUCAGUCACAAUGCAAGUAUUUAUACCUUUUAUGAUUGCCGGCAUUGGUACCAUAGGAGCUGGAAUUGUCCUUGACGAUGUUCAAGAAUACGAAGUUUUUAAACAGAUCAAAGCUUUAUUUGUCUUAGUUCCUGCUCUAUUAGGACUUAAAGGAAAUUUGGAUACCUGUUUAGCAUCAAGACUAUCGACGCAUGUCAACUUGGGUACUUUGAAGGGCAAGAAGGAAAUUUUUAAGAUUAUUUAUGGAAAUAUUGGACUGGUUCAGAUCCAGGCAAUAGUAGCGUCAUGCCUUGUCUCUUUAUUUGCGGUUGGUGUAACGGCUAUAAUGAACAACGUUUUCGACUAUAAGGACGCCAUGUUGCUGGCAGCUUCGAGCGUUUUGACAGCUACCAUGUCCUGUUUUGUAUUAGAUUUUGUUUUGAUUGGUGUUAUUUUUGCAUCAAAGAAAUUUAAGUUGAAUCCUGAUAAUUUGGCAACACCCUUUGCAGCUAGCAUUGGGGAUGUUGUUAGUUUGAUGUUGCUAUCUGUAUGGGCCAAGUUGCUGUAUGAAAUUCAUGAGCAAUAUCCUUGGUUGUUGUUUGCUAUACUUGGUUUCUAUAUUUUCCUUGUUUUGCCGGUGUGGGUAUUGAUCGUGCGAAAAAAUGAGUAUACCAACAAAAUUCUGACUACUGGUUGGACACCGGUAUUGAGUGCCCUUAUCAUUAGUGGUAUGGGUGGUCUAGUGUUGGAUCAUGCUAUAGAUCAAUUUAAAAACUUUGGCGUAUUUCAACCGAUCAUCAACGGCAUUGGAGGAAAUCUUGUAUCAGUACAAUCCAGCAGAAUAUCAACAAUGCUGCAUAAAACAUCAAUCAAAGGAGUCAUACCACCGCACACGAAACAAUGGGUUGCACCUUGGACUGCUCUUGUCAAAGGAGUUCUUCCAGCCAAAUCAGCCAGGAUUUUAAUUCUUCUUGCAAUACCAGGUCAAACUAUAUUUGUACUAACAGCUGAUCUUAUUGCAAACGGUAGAUUAACAGUUAGCUACAUAUUUGUUCUUACCUACUUAAGUGUUAGUUUAAUCCAAAUCAUGUCAUUGCUGUACAUAGCCCACUUGAUGACGCACACCAUGUGGAAAUUCAAAAUCGAUCCAGAUAAUUCAGCCAUACCAUACUUGACAGCUUUGGGAGAUUUGCUUGGUUCCAGCUUACUUAUGCUUGCAUUCAUAUUAUUGAGGCACAUUCAUGAAGAAUAUGACCCAGAUUCAGCAACAUAAGUUCAUUGAGUUAAUUAAAUCAUAACUUAGGCCGGAACCUCAAAAUUUUAUACAUUCCACUUUUGAUAUUACUGAGCUACUUUGUAGUUAUCGUUGCCAUGUAUUAUUAAUUAAGAUACUUAACAUUAAGAUAUUACCAAAGUGUAUUUUAUAUAGUACCCAUGGGUAAAUAGUGAUAUUUUUAAUAAAUUAUAGUAUUAUACAUAAAUUCAUGUACUUACAGUAUUACGUAUAUUGUUACCUCAUUAUUACAUAUGAAGGGGUAAGAAGCAAAAGGGUGCAAGUGCAAAAAAAAGUUGAGUUAUUAUAUUAACGAAACUUUUUGCUAUAUACAAAAAUCUGGAUACUUGUUUCAAUGUGCAGAAUUUUCACGUUAUGAAAAAAAAAAUGGACUCUAAACUACCCAAUUCUGCACUUAUUAUUUAACUUAUGUUUAUGCUAAAAUGCAGUUGUACCCUUUUGCUUCUUACCCCUUUGUUUUUGUACAAAUUUUACUAUAACAUUAUUUAUUUUUGAAAAAACGUUAGUAAGUUAAUAUUUUAAAAAUUAUUGUAUUGUAAUAAAGUGUAUUUUAAGGUAA